GGGACGCAGCUGGCCCCCCGGGGCUGGAGGGCUGCGGUCUCUGACCACAGGGGCCGGAAGCCGGGCCACUCCAGCCCCGCGGGGAGCAGCGCCCCGGCCAGCGCGGGUCUCAGGGGCCUCGGGGCUCCGCGGGCGGAAGGCAGGAAGUGCGGGCUGCGACCGGCUGCCCAGGGACCGGCAACAGGAAGUCCCGGAGGGGGAGCGGCCUGGAGGCCACAGGCCCAGAGGCAGCGGCGCUGUCAGCAGGGCCCGGGCAGCGCGGGGCAGCAGGCCUCACCGCGGGGAGAUGCCGGCCCCGGCCCACGGCCCCUGAGCCCCAUGGCCUCCCGGGGCCCCAGGACGCCUGCCCCCCACCCGUCGCCAGGCAGGAGAGCCAUGUGCUGGGUCAGUGCCUUCAGCUUUAUGGCGGCCGAGGAGAUGCACUGGCCUGUCCCCAUGAAGGCCAUCGGUGCCCAGAACCUGCUGACCAUGCCCGGGGGCGUGGCCAAGGCCGGCUAUCUGCACAAGAAGGGCGGCACCCAGCUGCAGCUGCUCAAAUGGCCCCUGCGCUUCGUCAUCAUCCACAAGCGGUGCGUCUACUACUUCAAGAGCAGCACCUCCGCCGCCCCCCAGGGCGCCUUCUCCCUCAGCGGCUACAACCGGGUGAUGCGGGCGGCCGAGGAGACCACGUCCAACAACGUCUUCCCCUUCAAGAUCAUCCACAUCAGCAAGAAGCACCGCACCUGGUUCUUCUCCGCUUCCUCUGAGGACGAGCGCAAGAGCUGGAUGGCCUUGCUGCGCAGGGAGAUCGGACACCUCCACGAGAAGAAGGACCUGCCCCUGGACGCCAGCGACUCCAGCUCGGACACAGACAGUUUCUACGGUGCCAUCGAGCGGCCUGUGGACAUCAGCCUCUCUCCAUACCCCACGGACAACGAAGACUAUGAGCAGGACGACGAGGACGACUCGUACUUGGAGCCCGACUCCCCCGAGCCCGGGAAGCCCGAGGAUGCCCUGACGCACCCGCCAGCCUACCCCCCGCCUCCCGUGCCCGUGCCCAGGAAGCCCGCCUUCUCCGACAUGCCCCGGGCCCACUCCUUCACCUCCAGGGGCCCGGGCCCUCUGCUGCCACCCCCGCCCCCGAAGCGCCGCCUCCCCGAGGUGGGCGCGGCUCCCGAGGACUUCAAGAGGGACCUGCUGGGCCCGAGGUGGCCCGAGCCUGGCCCCAGGGUGCCGGCUGCCUCCCGGAGGAUGAGUGACCCCCCGGUGGGCAACGUGCCCAGCUUGCCUACCCUCCGCCGACCCCCGUGCUUCCCUGAGAGCCCCAGCCCGGAGCCCCGCGUCCCCAGCCCCGGAGCCGGCUCUGCUGGCUUGGCCGCGGCCACCUCCAGGAGCUGCGAUAAACUCAAGUCCUUCCACCUGUCGCCCCGCGGGCCGCCCACGCCCGAGCCCCCACCCGUGCCAGCCAACAAGCCCAAGUUCCUGACGGCAGUGGAGGAGGAGCCCCUGAGGGAGACGGCCCGGCCUGGACUCUUCGUGCCCCCCGUGGCACCCAGGCCUCCUGCCCUGAAGCUGCCCGUGCCCGAGCCCCCAGCGCGGGCCACGGUCCUGCCCAGGCCGGAGAAGCCGCCCCUGCCUCACCUCCAGCGGUCACCCCCUGACGGGCAGAGUUUCAGGAGCUUCUCCUUCGAAAAGCCCCGCCUACCCUCGCAGGCUGACGCCUCGCAGGACGACCCGGGUGGGAAGGACUCGGAUGAAGACUAUGAAAAGGUGCCCCUGCCCAGCUCAGUCUUCGUCAACACCACCGAGUCCUACGAGGUGGAGAGGCUGUUCAAAGCCACGAGCCCGCGGGGAGAGCCCCAGGACGGACUCUACUGCAUCCGCAACUCCUCCACCAAGUCCGGGAAGGUUUUGGUCGUGUGGGAUGAGACCUCCAGCAAAGUGAGGAACUACCGCAUCUUUGAGAAGGACUCUAAAUUCUACCUGGAGGGCGAGGUCCUGUUUGUGAGCGUGGGCAGCCUGGUGGAGCACUACCACACCCACCUGCUGCCCAGCCACCAGAGCCUGCUGCUGCAGCACCCCUACGGCUACGCUGGGCCCAGGUGACGCCUGCGCCGGAGCUGCGGGCAGAGGUGACCAGGGGCCACCUCCUCACGCCGAUGAGACUGGCCUGUCUGGGAUGAGGAGCUCUGGAUGGAGGCCUCCCCAACAGACAUCUUGUGGAAUCUGCCAGGCCAGGCCCCACCCAGCAGGCAGAGUCCCUAGCGGGCGGGAGGCUCGUAUCCCACCCCGGCAGCCCCGCCGCCCUCCCCGGAACCCGGGGUCCCUGGACGAAGCCCUGCCUGCGCUUCACGGACGGGAAUUCCGGUCCCCCCAGCGCACCCUGCACUGGGCAGGGGGCUGGGCAGGGCUUGGGCAUUUGGGUGGGGGCAGGGGCUGGCCCCAGGACCCCCAGGAACGCUAAGACUCGGCUCCCGCAGGGGCCUUUGCUGCACAAUAAAGCACAGGUGACCUUU